CCCUUAACUGACAGGUUUUUUUCCAUGGAAGGGUGCUAGCUAGCAUUUAAUAUCUGGAUGGGGAUCUCGAGCGAACGAACGGUCGGAUUCCAGCUAAGGAUCUCCAAGCAGGUCUCUGGGUCUGCGCCCGUAUGAAGCCCCAUGCCAAGUUUUGGUAUAGGGCUCAGAUUCAUUCCCUCAUUCAUUCGAGCCGUGGCAUGCUAGUCCGAGUUUUCUUCCUAGACUACGGAGAACUCAGCGAGCCCGUGUCGGACACGACAUGCAUUCGGAGUUUACCUCAGCGUUUCAAAGUCCUGCCUCCUCCCAUGGCCAUUCAAGUGGUUUUACCAGGGUUGCGUCCCUUGUCGUUGGAUAUUGAUCAUGCCAUGGGUAUGGGUACCAUGAGCCAAGUCUUUGCCGAUUCCUGGAGUUCUGCAGCGUGGACACGGUUCGGACCUUGAUUAGUCAAACAAAUC